AUGCUUCGUGGCGGCGUGGGCGGCGAUGAGGGUACCGGUAGUGUGGCGCUGCGCAAUACCCUUGGCGUAGUAUCGGAGCUCUCAAAGGAGGUGGAGGCUUUCCGCAAGGAGCAGUACACCGCAUGGGAGGACUGGAUAUCUGAGGAGCUGGAUGAUAUGGCAAACUGGAAGAACAACAAGCUGAUGACAUUUGACAGCCAAAAUAGCCACAUUAGAACCCACUUCAAUGACCAGCUAGUGCUGCUGCUCCGUGAGGUCCGGCAGCUGCAGAGCUUGGGUUUUGGCAUUCGAAAGGAUAUUAUCAACGAGGUGGAAGUUGCCAAUAAGUUUUACAGAGGUGUCUCUUGCACGCCAGGAAGUGGCGCGCACUUGGACGCUGCACGGGUGACUGUUGUUGCAGAGCCCAAGCAAACACAAACCAGUUAG